AUGCUUUUUCUUUCUUUGGUGGCCUUGAUCGCCGCCUGGGCCCUUCUAAACCGGCCCACGCCGCUCGGACCGGAAAAUGUUUUGGCCCUUCGGCUGCUUGUGGAAAACUUGCCCGUGACACAAAACAUCCACAUCCGGGAGGACAACCCAGGCCUCCGGUUUCCUGAUCUAGUUGCGGCGGCCCAGGCCCAGCUAGACCACCGUCUCCGCAACGAAAAUGUGUCGUUUCACUACAGCUUGGUGGACCAUCUUCCUCAAAACAUCGGUCGGUUGGACCGUUCUCGAACAAUUGAAGCAGGGCCCAUGAUCACCACCUACGAUGAAAGUGCCGAGACCAAUACGGCUCUGACCAAUCUCCCAACGUCCGAAGACACAUUUGCCGACCGGACAGCACCCGAGUACUCCGUUGGCCUCGUUUUCGCAAACACAAAUUCCAUGUUUCUCGACUACCUGAAACCAAAAGUCAUCUUGAGCUACAACAUGGACACCGUGCAUCGCAACGACUUGCCGUUUUUCUUGGUGCAGGCGAUCUUCGAUCAUUUGCUUGAGGCCGAUCUUGUUCUCAACAACUUGAAAAACGGCUCUUUUUCCAACUAUAAACCUCAUUUUGAGAUUGGCUUUGUAGCGGUCGAAGAAUCUGGCUCCACGCCCAAAGAAAUCCAAAGCGCCAUCAAAAAACACUUUUCUGAGAUUAUCUCUUUCCUCGCCCCUUUUGCCAAGGUUACUAUUCGCUUUUUCGCUGUGGAUGUAACCAAAUCUCGUGUUCCUGUGGCUCAGGCCAAAAACUCGUCGGACGCUGUGAACUUCUUCUAUCUGACGUCCUUGGAAGGUUUUGCCAAUAGCAUCCAGGGCGUGCUGAUUUUCCAUAUGGGCCUUGAAAAACAAAAUGAAACGUUGGGCGAAGAAAAACUUUAUGGGACGGCAUUGCUCGAGAAACAAAAGUAUUCGUCUCACCCGACUUACAACAUCACCGCUUUCGUCCAAGAUGCUACACGCACUCUUCUUGAGUCCAUAGGCAUUCCAUUUUCAAGCUCUUCCAACUUGCUCAUGCGUGUGGAAAGCGCUUUGAAGUUUUACACAAUCACUGGAAUUGUGGAGAAGUUGGACCAGUUGGCAGGCGAUUUCAACGAAAAGAGUUUUUUACAAGUUGCUGGCCUUGUUGAUGAGAUUCUUUCGAAUAACGAACACGACUGGAAAAAGUACUUGCUGCAGGUUAGUAAGUGGCACGAAUAG